GCUGAGUUGUUUGUCAGAGCUGAACUCUCUCUCUCCGCUUCACUCUCUCUCAGUCUUUCUCCUGCUCUCGUCCUCCGUCUACAGUCACUCUGCAGGUAAAGAUGUUCCUCCAUCUGCUGCUGCUGCUGCUGCUGUCUCCGCUGGCGCUCGCUGAUCCCGGGUUCCAGGUGCGUCUGGUGGGCGGCCGGAGCCAGCUGGAGGGCCGCGUGGAGGUGCUGUAUAACGGAGCCUGGGGGACGGUGUGUGACGAUGAGGUCAACAUUAAACUAGCUGAUGUGGUGUGUCGAGAGCUGGGCUUCGCUCGCGGGCUGACCUGGGCUCACAGCGCUAAGUUCGGCGAGGGGCGAGGCCCGAUCUGGCUGGAUAACGUCAGGUGUUCGGGUUCGGAGAGCUCCCUGUCGGAGUGCCGCUCUAACGGAUGGGGUGUGAGCGACUGCACUCACUCUGAGGAUCUGGGUGUGGUCUGUAGUCCGGAUCGGCCCAAUCAGGGCCACAUGCCGCGGUACCAUGAGCCGGUCCCACCAGCACCUCCGCAGACCCACAGCACUCCUCCGUCCAGCAGCUGGAGUCGCCAGCGCGGACACGAGAUCGCCCUCCACCGCGGCAGCCAAGGCCCGGCUGCCCCGCACCUGCACGGACACCGCAUUCAGCUGCGCAGGAACGGGCUGGAGAGCGGUGCCGCUACCACCCGCGGCCGGGAGAACGGGCUGCCCCGUGGACACCAGCUGCCGGAGUUCCUGCGCAACAGAGCCGCCUACAGGAGGACUCCGGAGGAGCCGACCAGCCGGACCACACGCUACCCAACCCGGCCCACCGCCCCACAGCCACUGCACAGCCCUCAGAACCUGCAGAACCAGGAGACCCAGAGCAACAGGGCAGACCUGGACUUCACCAACACUUACGAGCAGUCUGCCGCGUCGGUCCGCCUGGAGGAGGUGCGUCUGCGGCCCGUGUUGUCCAGUACACGUAGAGUCGCCAUGGUAACGGAAGGUGUGGUGGAAGUGAAGCAUGCUGGGAAGUGGAGGCAUGUCUGUAGUCUGGGCUGGGAGGCGAGCAGCAGUCGUGUGGUGUGUGGCAUGCUGGGAUUCCCUUCAGCCGGACAGCAUGAUGCACGUGUGUAUCGGAAACUGUGGGACUCUAAGAUGGAGGAUCCAGCCGUGAGGUCUACGGUCAGUAAGAAGCAGUUCUGGGUGGAGCGUGUGCAGUGUUCAGGCUCAGAGGUGUCUCUGGCUCAGUGUCGGGCUCUGCUGUCUGUAUCGCGCAGUGAUGAUGUCCCCUGUGCUGGAGGGAUGCAUGCGGUGGUGCGCUGCGUUCCUGGAGCUCAGUUCAACACAGACUCCAACUCCAGACGCCCUACCAACGCAGCAGUGCGUCUGAAGGCAGGUGCGCGGGUAGGCGAGGGCCGUGUGGAGGUGCUGCGUGAGGGUAAAUGGGGGACGGUGUGCGACCGGCGCUGGGAUCUCACUGCGGCCAGUGUGGUGUGCAGAGAGCUGGGCUUCGGUUCCGCCAGAGACGCCCCACGGGGAGCACUCAUGGGUCAAGGUACGGGCCCCAUCCACAUGGAUGAAGUGCAGUGUUCUGGUCAGGAGAGCUCCAUCACUGAGUGUCGCUUCCAGGACGUUCCGCUGUACAGCUGCAGACACACACAGGACGCGUCUGUGCGCUGCAACGUGCCCAACACCGGCCUGAGCGGCACUGUGCGUCUGGCUGGGGGUCGGGAGUCAGCGGAGGGCCGGGUGGAGGUGCUGAUGGAGGUGGGAGGACAGCAGAGAUGGGGCUCCGUCUGCAGCGAGAACUGGAACAUCAAUGAGGCCAUGGUGGUGUGCAGACAGCUCGGCUUCGGCUUCGCUUCCAGAGCUCAUCAGGAGACGUGGUUCUGGCCCAGCAGCUCAGGCUCAGAGGAGGUUCUGCUGAGCGGGACUCACUGUGUCGGGUCUGAGCUCUCCGUACAGCAGUGCCGCAGAAACACACAGGUGUACUGUCCUCGAGGGGGCGGAGCUAGAGCCGCCGGCGUCACCUGUGUCGAUGUGGCUCCGGAUCUGGUGGUGGAUGCGCAGCUGGUGCAGGAGUCAGCGUAUGUGGAGGAUCGGCCUCUGCACCUGCUGACCUGCGCUCAUGAGGAGAACUGCCUGUCCUCGUCUGCGGCGCGCAUCGACUGGAGAAACACACACACGCUCGCGUACACACACCGCCGCCUGCUGCGCUUCAGCUCGCGCAUCAUGAACCUUGGACGUGCAGACUUCAGACCCAGAGCCACACGAGAGUCCUGGACCUGGCACCAAUGCCACAGGCAUUACCACAGCAUCGAGGUGUUCACACACUACGACCUCCUGACCCUGAACGGCACGAGGGUCGCGGAGGGUCACAAGGCCAGCUUCUGUCUGGAGGACACAUACUGCCCUGAAGGUCUGAGCAAGCGCUUCGCCUGCUACAACAUGGGUGAUCAGGGCAUCACAGUGGGCUGCUGGGAUACGUACAGACAUGACAUCGACUGCCAGUGGGUGGACAUCACUGACGUCAGGCCCGGGAACUACAUCUUCCAGGUGGAGGUAAACCCGUCUCUGGAUAUGGCUGAGUCUGAUUUCCAGAAUAAUGUGAUGCGCUGCAGAUGUCGGUAUGACGGUGGACGAGUCUAUCUGUACAGCUGCCACACGGGUGACGCCUACAGUGCAGCGGCAGAGGACCUGUUUGAACACCGGCAGGAGAUUACAAACAACUUCCUGUGACGACGGCGGCGGCGAUGGACUGCAGAUUCAUCACCAAUCUCUAACAGCUCGCGAGGUGGUGGGCGGAGUCUAUGAUUGACAGGGGAGUGGGUGGGGCUAGAGUGAUGAUUGACAGGCAGGGGGGCGUUUACACUCAGCCACGUGUUCAUUUCAGCCAGUGUUGAUGAAGAUGCUGACUGAGGAUCAGUGCAGAUGGAGGAUUUAGCCAGAUCACAGGUCCGGUCGGCAUGUUCAUAUAGUUUAGUGUUUAUCACCAAUUCAAGAUUCAGAGGGGGAAAGUCCACUACAUCAAGUAAAACAUCAGUCAUUGUGUUUCAGGAUGCAGCAAUUUAAAGUAAACUUACAAAAGCUGGUCUCUCUGAGGUGUCCUUCUUGUGUUUAUCAGAGUUAUUGUGUUGUUUUGAAGUGUGUUCAUGUGUUUGUUCUGUUGAGGAGGAUAUUAUUUCAGUUUCUCUGUGGAUCAGCGCUCCUCAACUAUGAUGAAUAUUAAUGCAAUCAUCUAAAGCCAACGGGCAGAUCAAAUCACAAUAUUCAUCUUUUGGAUCAGGGUUCAUUUCUGCUAAUAAAAAUCAGAUUUAGAAGAGGGUGAGAUUGAGGACCGCUGCUGUAGAUGAAUUAAAUGCUGAUCGCUCAUGUGUUGUUCUCUGUGAAUUACUGUAGAGAAUCAAACUCAAUCCUUCCCUGGAAACCAAGCAGCCUCUCCUGUGCCGUUCCUCAGUCGUAUAAAGAUCCUUUAUUUGUGUGGCCAGUGGUGCUAACUGCAGAGCUCAUUAGUCGUCAGCAUUAUGACACUAUUAUUAUCGGUAUCGGAGUGUAAUAUGUUUGCUCGCUGUUGUAUUGGCAUGUACAGGUUGUUUUGGCUUAUGAACUCUGGUGUGUCUGUAUUUCUGACCUCAGUUUUUUAAUGUUAUUGGAAACGUGCUCUCUAUGAAGAGAAACAGAUGCUCAGCUUUACAGAUGUGCUUCAAUACUUGAAUAAUAAACUUCUCAUGUCUAAUCUGA